CUCUGAUCGGCUCCGGGCUGCUGGGUCCACGCUGACCGCAGACCACACCGCAUACCCUUCUGCUCCCAAGGAAGAGCCGGGGCAGUAGGUCCUCGCCGGCCCAGCCCCUCACGAGAGAGAGGAAGGAGAGAGAAACAUCGAUGUGAGAGAGAGACAUUGAUCGGUUGCUUCUGUAUGCACCCCUGCCAGGAAUUGAACCUGCAACCUAGAUCCAGGAGAUGCUUCCUGGAGCCUGGCUGCACUGGGCCUGCCUCCUGCUCCUGGCCAGGCUCGCCCGGCCCUGCCCCGUGGGGUGUGACUGCUUUGACCAGAAGGUGUUCUGCACUGAUGAAGCACUGGCCACCAUCCCACUGAACAUCCCACCCCAUGCCACGGACAUGGUCUUCAUAGAGACCUCGUUCACCACGGUCGGAACCAGGGCCUUCAGUGGCAGCCCCAACCUAACCAAGGUAGUAUUCCUCAACACCCAGGUCUGCCACUUUGAGCCAGAUGCCUUUGGCGGACUGCCCAGGCUCCAGGACCUGGAGAUCACUGGCAGCACCUUUUCCAACCUCAGCACUGAGAUCUUCUCCAACUUGGCCUCACUGGGCACGUUCACCCUCAACUUCAACAUGCUGAAGGUUCUGCCCGAGGACCUCUUCCACCACAUGGAUGCCCUGGAGUCCCUUCAGCUGCAGGACAACCAGCUCCAGACCCUGCCCCGGAGGCUCUUCCAGUCUCUGAAACACCUGAAGACCCUCAACCUUGCUCACAAUCUCCUGGCCCAGCUGCCCGAGGAGCUGUUUUACCCUCUUGGCAGCCUGCAGACCCUGAGGCUGAACAACAACAAGCUGUCCAGCCUGCCCCAGAGCGUGUUCGCCAAGCUGGGCAGCCUACAGGAGCUCUUCCUGGACCACAACUCCAUCUUGGAGCUGCCCCCGGAAGUGUUCUCACAGCUCUUCUGCCUGGAGAAGCUGUGGCUGCAGCGCAACGGCAUCCGGCACCUGCCGCCCUCCGUCUUCUCCUCCCUGGGCAGCCUGACCUUCCUGAACUUACAGGAGAAUGCACUGCACGUGCUGCCCGCUGGCCUCUUUGCCCACACCCCAAGACUCGUUGGCCUGGCCCUGUCCCACAACCGGCUGGAGACUGUCCCCGAGGGAGUCUUUGCCAAACUGUGUAACCUCAGUUCCCUGACGCUCUCACACAAUGCCAUUACCUAUCUCCCGGCCGGCGUCUUCAGGGACCUAGAGGAGCUGACCGAUCUCUACCUGGGCAGCAACAACCUGACAGCCCUGCACGUAGACCUCUUCCAGAGCCUGUCCAAGCUCGAGCUGCUCAGCCUCUCCAGGAACCUCCUGACCACCCUCCCGGAGGGCAUCUUUGGCACCAACUUCAACCUGUUCAAGCUCGCCCUGCGUGGCAACCCCUGGCAGUGUGACUGCCACCUGGCCUACCUCUUUAGCUGGCUGCACGAGUACAAUGAUAGGUUCUUCAACACCCAGACCUACUGUGCGGGUCCUGCCUACCUGAAGGGCCAAGUGGUGCCUGCUUUGGAGAAGGAGCAGCUGGUGUGCCCUGUCAGCCAUGACCACUCGGACUUCCAGGCCCUGGGGCUGGAGGACAGGGAGCUGCGGGGCAGCUGGGAUCUGUCUGCGAAGGAACAGGCAGCCCGGCACCAGUGCGUCUACAGCAAUCCCGAAGGCACUGUCGUGCUCGCGUGUGACAGGGCCCAGUGUCGCUGGCUGAACGUCCAGCUCUCUCCUAGGCAGGGCUCAGGCUCCCCGGGAAUGGUGUACAAUGCCACUCAGAAGUGGGAACUGAAGUCGAGCUGCGGCGUUGUGAGGCUCACUCUGUCUAUUGAGGCUCAGGCAGGGGAGCCCUAGGUGCAGGGGGCACAGAGCCAGGAGCCUGGGCAGACGGCGUCUGCAGUCUGACCAAACAGGAGGUGGGGGCAGAGGGGAAGCUGAAGCUAGUUUUUCAGAUGCAAAGGAUGGAGGUACCAAGUCCAAGGUGGUGGUGGCCAAGGGCAACACCUAGAGUCUCCUCCUCCCCUCGUUCUUCAUUACUCCCUCUCAGAGUCUGAGACCUAACAAGGCCUUUUUUAAGCUUUACAGAGAACCCAUUAGAGCUACAUCAUGGUCUGGAGAAUAAAAUGAGGCCACCCUCCUGGUGUUUUUCUAUUAUUUAAUUCCCAUCCCACUCUCAUCCCCACCCUGAAGUUCCGACCGUUAGGUACUAUUUUUACAAAAUGGAGGCUACCCUUUUCUGACUUUCAGUUCGAAAGCCAAAUGUCUGUAUCUAUUUCUCCCCUUGGAAAUCUGUUUUUAAUGGAUACAGGAGGUGAUUGGAGCAGAGGUGCCCAGAAUGGUUAGGGACAAGGGCCUGGCUCUGGCGUGUUGGGAAUUCACGGCCCCAGCUUCUCCUCCAGGUCUGCUUGUGGAACUCGGGAAGCAAGGCACUGCCCUGGCCGCUGUGGCUCAGUCGGUUGGAGCAUUGUCUCACAGACUGAAAGGUGGCAGGUUCAAUUCCCUGCCACAGCACAUACCUAGGUUGCGCGUUCGAUCCCCUGUCAUGGAGAGUAGAAGACGAAAACCAAUGGAUUUUUCUCUCUCACAUCGAUAUUCCUUUCACUUUCUCUCUACAAGCUAUUU